AUGACGGCUAUCAUCCAAAAAUUACGACGCAAGCGAAAGCUAUCUUCAGAGCUGCACUCGCGAUGGGGGGAUGUCUCCAUCACUUAUCCAAACGGUGGGUCCUGGAGUCAAUGGGAUCAGUCUUCUACCGGUGCAACUUCAACCUCUCCCGACCACGAGCGACGGCAUGGCUCCUUAGAACUCAAUCGAUCCGCCACUGCGCCGAGGCUGGGGAGUUACAGCCGCAUUGGGGAUGCCAAUGUGCGCGCGCCAUCCGUGGAUUCAGCCAUGACGAUUCCUACCGGCCAUUAUGAUGCACGACUUAGUCGAAUGCGAAGAAAAAACCAACAGCAGAGCCCUCCGAUCGGCGUGUCGAAAGUCCUGGAUUCUCCCCGCGAAUGCGACCAUGCAUCGUGUUCAGACGAGUCCUCUGAAGAUGAGGAAGACGACGUGGCCGUGCCCGCUCCUCUAAAUGUCUCCCACGACCACAAUCCAGCCGAGAAAGAAGAAGCUGAUGCCUAUUCGCAAGCAUCCAAAUCGCCUCCCUUGUCGGUAACAUCUCGCAUGCGUAGUCGGCACAGCGCUCAGAGACACACGAUGGACCCUCCAAUGUCAGCACCUGGAACGGCCGGUUCGAAGCAUACCAGCUACAGCUCUUCGGUGCCCUCGAAUCCGUCGGACGACCAGCGACCGCAGGGACACCGUCUGUCUACGCAGCAUGAUCGAAAAUCGGUACGGCGCCCCAAGCCAGAGCCGCUGAGUUUACCGACACAACCUGAAAGGGUGCCGUCGUAUGAUGAACUGUACGGGUAA